ACUCCAGCCUGGGCAACAAGAGCAAAACUCCAUCUCAAAAAAAAAAAAAACAAAAAAAAAAACAGCUCCUAUGCCAAGUUCUCAAGGAAGAUUUGGAGUUUGCCACAAAUACAGAAAAGCAGUUGUGGAUCAUUAUGUGUGUGUUAAAAAAGUAAGCAGGAUCAGACUUAAAGCUGUGUGAAAGAAUUUGGAUGGACUUGAUCCUAAAGAGAAUGGGGAGACACUGAAUUGUUUCAAAUGUUAAUAAAAUCAGAUUUAUGCUUUGGACUUGGGAUGGACAGACUGGAGGGGAGCAGAAGGCUGGCUGGGGCCAUCUGUUCGAUGAUGGAGGUGUGAACUAAGGGAGUAGCAGUGGGCUCGGAAAGCCAUGAGAAUAUUAUCAAAGAUAAUCAGGAGGUAUAAGGGAUAGGAUUUGGUGAUAGACUGAAUGUAGGGACUGAGGCAGGAGGGUCUGGGAUGACAUUUGAGUGUCUAAAUUAAGGGUGAUUAGUGUACAACUCACAGAAAAGUCUGAGAGAAGAAAAUAAGUUCAAUUAUUGAUAUGGUAAGUUUGAGAUGGAUAUGGUAAGUUCCAUGCCUGGGGCAGACAUGGCCAUGUAAUACUGGCUGCUCUAUCUAAACUCCAGAUAUAUGGGAUGGAGAUGAAAUUAGGAGCAGUCAGCAUAAAUGUAGUAUUGACAUCAUGGGUAUGGACAAGAUUAAGGGAGGAUGUGAAGGUUUGAGAAAAUAAAGCUUGUGAUAGAACACUUGGGAUAUGAUUAAGGGAUGGAUGGAGAAAGAUAAAACUUCAGUGAAGGCUGAGUAAUGACCAGGAUAUGGAGGAAAACUAGAGCGUUCUGGCUCAUGGAAGAUAAGGAUGCAUUUCAAGGUUAGAUUUUCCUAGAACAUGUUCAAUACCUUAUAAUUGUAGUAUUUUCACACUCAUAUUUCUCAUGCUGCAUUAUAAGCUCUAGGAUCAUAGUGUCCCUAUUGGCCUCAUUGAACUAAGGGGGCUGCAAUGGGCUCGGAAAGCCUUGAGUGUGUCAUUAAAGAGAUAAGUAGGAGAUAGCAGAGACAGGAUUUGAUGAAAGAUUGUAUGCAGGGAUUGAGGAAGGAGGAAGGGUCUGGCGUGACAUUUGGGUGACAUUUUAUCCAAGUAUUCAGCACACUGUCGGGUACUUAGUAGGUACUCAUCUAUCAGUGAAAGGGCUGAUCUUUAGGAGUUUCACCAGACUGUGGAAGGUGCCUCCGGGAAUGAGUAUGUUUCCAACUGCACUUCAUUCUCAAGUUUUGUGGCCAACGAUGGAUAGGAGGUGGAUUGUGAUGUAUUUGGAACAUGGGACCUUGAGGAGUUCCGUAACCAAAAGGAGAAAGUAACAACAGCCAGUGGAGACAAAAAGAACUGCUUCUCUUUCUUUCCCCCUCCAAGUUCCUAGUGGAGGGCUGAGCCCAGCAUCCCAGACUCGUGUGACUAUAUAGGAAAGCAUUUGGAGACCUACUUCACUUUGAUACCCUAGCCUUCGGCAGCUCAAGGUGUUGGCCUUUGGAUAGGAGGCUUCCAAGUAGUAAAGCUCCCUGCUCUCAGCAAGCCCAACACCAUGAGGCAGGGAGAUGUCUUAGAGGCAGCACCAACCACCACAGCCUACCAUUCCCUCAUGGAUGAAUAUGGUUAUGAGGUGGGCAAGGCCAUUGGCCAUGGCUCCUAUGGGACAGUAUAUGAGGCUUUCUACACAAAGAAGAAGGUCAUGGUGGCAGUCAAGAUCAUCUCAAAGAAGAAGGCCUCUGAUGACUAUCUUAACAAGUUCCUGCCCCGUGAAAUAGAGGUUGGAAAGGGGGCUGGAAGAGGGAACUGGAGCUUGGUACUAAGCUGCUUGAGGUUUCUCAGAAGGGGUAUGGCCAGGAGGGGUGGGGCCAGAAACCCCUAAACCAGAACUGAAUGUCUCACUAAGCAGCUAGGAAAAUUUAUGUAAGUUAAACCUCUUUCCCAUCCACCCACUCACCUUCAGCCCCCCAAAAAGUAAAGGCGCAAAACAUAGCGUUUGCCCACAGGCUACCAGUUCUCUGGGGUUGAGGGGUUGAUCCUAUUGCAAAGUCCUAAGUCAGUAGCUGAGGGUAGGAGAUGGCUGGGAGUGCAGUCAGGGUUCUCCCUUCCCAGGCUUGAUGGGUUCUUCUUCUGAGGUCAGGUAAUGAAAGUCUUGCGGCACAAGUACCUCAUCAACUUCUAUCGGGCCAUUGAGACCACAUCUCGAGUAUACAUCAUUCUGGAGCUGGCUCAGGGUGGUGACAUCCUUGAAUGGAUCCAGCACUACGGGGCUUGCUCUGAGCUCCUUGCUGGCAAGUGGUUCUCCCAGCUGACCCUGGGCAUUGCCUACCUGCACAGCAAGAGCAUCGUGCACCGGGACUUAAAGUUGGAGAACCUGUUGCUGGACAAGUGGAAGAAUGUGAAGAUAUCAGACUUUAGCUUCGCCAAAAUGGUGCCAUCUAACCAGCCUGUGGGUCGUAGCCCUUCUUACCGCCAAGUGAACUGCUUUUCCCACCUCAGCCAGACUUACUGUGGCAGCUUUGCUUAUGCUUGCCCGGAGAUCUUACGAGGCUUGCCCUACAACCCUUUCCUGUCUGACACCUGGAGCAUGGGCGUCAUCCUUUACACUCUAGUGGUCGCCCAUUUGCCCUUUGAUGACACCAAUUUCAAAAAGCUGCUGAGAGAGACUCAGAAGGAGGUCACUUUCCCAGCUAACCAUACCAUCUCCCAGGAGUGCAAGAACUUGAUCGUCCAGAUGCUACGCCAAGCCACUAAGCGUGCCACCAUUCUGGACAUCAUCAAGGAUCCCUGGGUUCUCAAGUUCCAGCCUGAGCAACCCACCCAUGAGAUCAGGCUGCUUGAGGCCAUGUGCCAGUUCCACACCACCACUAAACAGCACUAAUCCUUGGAAAUUACGAUCUGAAAAUGGCUGAAGGAGGGGGCUAAGAGAGGAGCAAAGCAGGAGAUCUUGGGCUAAAAAUCCUUUAUACCAAAAAUAAAUCUAAGUCUGAUUUAGUUUCAUCAACUAGGGUCAAAGACAUUCUUUUCUCAAGGCAAUCUUAUAGCAGGGAACACUGCUGGGGUAAGAGAUUUCUGCCCAGAGCCUGUAACCAAUAAUCUUGACACUGUGUUAAAUCAAUAGUGUAAUUCAUGAUGUGGCUCUUAGGGGAUGGGGUGCUCAGAUUAACACUCUAUUUUGGGAAGCUUUAUUAUUCAACUCAAUAUAUGCUCAUUAUUUUA